UUAUAAAUACAAUAUUUUUAUUUUAUACUUCAAAUUGUUUAACAAAUAAUAAAAUUGCUAAAUACAGUGAUAAAGCUUUAUUGACAUAGUACAUAAUACAAUUUGUAAAAGCUUAUCUCUUAUGGAAUUUUAUAAAUUAAUGUUUCAUAAUUGCACGUUGACACUUAUUUAUAACAUGGAAAUUUUUAUCUGUUCUGGCAAAUUUAAGAUUAGGAAAUAUUGGGAAACUUUUUAAUCUAUAUGAGGAAUUUAAUAUAAUUCAUAUUGAUGGUAACAUUUUCAUGGAUAUAAAAUAUGCUAGUUAAUUGAAUUAUUAUUGUAUUAUUAAUGUGUAGUAGUAGCUUAUCAUGACUUAUACACAGACAAAUGUAUAACAUUAAUGAGGGAUUUGAAAAGGUACCUUAUGUUUGAUAGCUACUAACAAAUAUGCAGACAACUUAUCUACUAUUAGCUGCACUGUUACCUUUCGCCGUUCAUGAUAUUUGGUAUGCAAGAAUAUACUUAUUUUGGAUCAUGAAAGUAUCAAUAAUAAUAUAUCUUAUUAUAUUUGGGCUUCUGCCUAUUAUAUUUCACUACUCAUAUACCAUACAAAAGAAGAUUCUUUUUUUAAAUUUUGUGCAAUGGCCAUUUAAUGUAGAUUUUUCGAAACCAGAAUUAGUUGGAAUGAAAGGAACAAGAAACUUUUAUUUACAAACUGAUCAACAAGUAAAAAUAGGACUAUGGCAAAUAUUACCUCAGUCUUUAUUAAAUGAUUCAAUUAUUACAACUGAUAAUGAUUAUGAAACUAUGUUAAAAAAUGCUAAACGACCAAUUUUCCUAUAUAUGCAUGGUAAUAGCGGCAAUAGAGCAAGCAAUCAUCGUUUAGAAUUAUAUAAACUUUUCCAGAGUUUAGAUUAUCAUGUUGUAUGUUUUGAUUAUAGAGGUUAUGGUGAUAGUGAAGAAGCAGAACUUUCUGAAAUAGGUGUAGUUAGUGAUAGUAAAUAUGUACUUGAAUGGUUAUUAAAAAUAGUAAAUGGUACAGCUCCUGUUUUUGUAUGGGGACAUUCAUUAGGAACUGGAGUUUCAGUUCAUGUAUUGGCAUUAUUAGCAACAGAAAAAGUUCAGCCUGCAGGUUUAUUCUUGGAAUCACCAUUUAAUAAUAUAGCAGAUGAAUUAAGUGAACAUCCUUUAUCACAGAUAUUUAAACAUUUACCAUGGUUCCAUUGGGUUAUUGUUGAACCAUUUUAUAAUAAUUAUCUCCGUUUUGAAUCUGAUAAACACAUAAAAAAAAUCCAAUGUCCUAUUAUGAUAUUGCAUGCAGAAGAUGAUAAUAUUGUUCCAUUUGCUUUAGGUGAAAAGUUAUUUAAAGCGGCAAUAAAUUAUCAUGGAAAUGACACAAAUCGCGUUCAGAUGACAAGGAUUGAUGCAACACAUGGUUUUGGACAUAAAUAUAUAUGUCGUUAUAAAAACUUACCUAAUAUAAUUAAAUCAUUUGUACACGAGGCACGUAAAAAUCAGACUGAUUAAAAUAUAUAUUAAAUAAGUACACUAAAUAUUAGUAGAUGAUUAAUAUAGAAUAUAAUGAAAAAAUAUCUUUUAUGCUGUAAGUCAGAAUCAAUACUAUUUUACUGAAACAUGUAAAGUUUAUUUAUUGUAUAAUUGUAUUUUCUGUUUUAAAUGAAGCAGUUUUCAUUAUUUACAUCCCGCAUAGUACAAGACUAUUAAACUUUAAAUGUACUCAUGCUAUAAGUAUAAAAGUGAUAUUUCUUGUACAUGGAAAAAUAUAGUGACGUCAAAGUUCA